AUGCCNCUACUUUACAGGUUUAGGUCUUCUUCCCACCGCAUUUUCAGACUGAACAACAUUUCCAAGGCCUUGGCUUUCCUGGAUGAUAGACAUGUGAAGCUGCUUGGCAUCGAUGCCUCUGGCAUUGCUGAUGGGAUUCCCUCUGUUGUUCUUAACCUUGUCUGGAACAUGAUCCUGUAUUUCCAGGUAAAAGAAGUGACAGCAGGCCUCCAGAGACAUUUAUCUUCUAGCCUCUCCUCCUUAUCAAUGAGCAGUUACCCCUCCUCCAGCGACCUCUCGCCCCCGCCAAAUGACAUUGGCAGCUAUUUCUGCAGCACCCUGCCAAGCAAAUGCAAAAAGGCUGCCAAAGAGCUAAAGUACCAUGGGAAAGCAAUCAAGACUCUACUGCGAUGGGUCCAAAGAUGCACAUCAAAGUUUGGAGUGGAGGUUCGUGACUUUGGGAGGAGCUGGAGGAGUGGGCUGGCUUUCCUCGCUAUGAUUAAGUCCAUAAACACAGCCUUGGUUGACCUAAGGGCGAGCCUGUCCAGAGAGCCAAGAGAAAACAUUAAGCUGGCCUUCAUGAUAGCCCAUCACAAUUUGGACAUACCACCUCUGCUGGAGCCUGAAGAUGUGUCAGGCACUUCACCAGAUGAGCAGUCCAUCAUCACCUAUGUGUCGAUGUUCCUGAGGUUUUGUCCAGACAAAGACGAGGAUGAUACAACAGAUAUGGAAGUUCCUGAUAUCCCACAUUUUGGAUCACUUGAGUCUGUCAGUCUUGGAGAAACCCUCGCUGAUGACCCAGAAGCCCAAGCAUUGCUCCAGGGCAUGAAGAAGAGCAGUGAACAGCUACUGUGGAAACGGUGGGCAAGGAGAUCCCAAGGGAGCCCCUGUGCCACCUCACUUCACACAACUGAAACCACGUCACCAUUCAACCAAUCGAAAAGCAGUAGUCGAAGCAUUUUACAGCCUCCCAGUCCACUGGAUGCAGGUGUUGCCAACCAGGAUAUCCGAUCAUGGAUGGAGAAAGCGCCUGCGGAUCAGGAGUACAGCAAGCCAAGGGUGGACGAAAGUCACUUUUCUUUGAGCUCAGAGGAAGGAAUCUACAGCUUGUCGGCACUGGACUCAGACGAGGAGGAUGCCUACAGCUACAUACUUGAUCUGAAUAAAGAGGUUUUUCAACCAUAUAAUCAGAUAAAAAAACAAGUUCCGAGGGUUGAAGAGGAAACGGAGGAAGAAAUGUUUCUGAAUGGAGAGCAUGCUGAAUCAAAACAUCUGGAAGAAUGUGAGAUUUUAAACGGCAGUGGAUGUACACAUCAAGAAGAUUCCCUAGUGCAACAUGUUGCAUCAGAAGUCAGGGAUCAGUUAGUGGUUCAUAGGAUGUUUGAUGGGGCCAAAAAUGAAAGGAGUUCCACAGAGGUGGCAGACAGCAUAGCUGCAUUUGACAUAGAACCAAAGGAAGACAGCAGGGAGGAACAGGAAGAUGAGGGAGUUGUUAGAGGACAGAUUAAUGACGCUGGAGAUGACUCCGAGGAAGAGAGGGAGAACACAGAAAAUGCUAGAUUUGUAAUGCAUGGACAUCAUAAAAGGGAUGCUCUCAUAGAUGAAUCCAAGAACACAAGGGUUUUCGAAGCCGCUAGUUGGAAUACAGAGGUUGAGGAAGACACUGAAAAAGGGCUUUUUGAAAAAUGUCGACAAGUGAGCAAAAAGGUGCUUGAAAAUGAAGAGGAAGAACAUGGGGCGACAUUUGAGGAACGGCAGCAGGGGGAAGAAAGAAUUGAAGAGGAUAAUGUAAAGGAGGAAGAGAGGGAAAAGUGGGGAGGUAGUGCCAAGGUAGGAGAAAAUGGAAAAAUAAUAACUGACAAGGCUGUAAAUGAAGUCAGCAGAGCUGAUGCAACUACAACAAACUCAAAAGAAGAACAUUAUGGGAAAUACAAUGCCCAAAAAAUAGAUGAUUUAUCUUCUAAAGAAGAAAACAAGGAACAGUACAAUGGUGAAGUCAUGAAUCCAAUGGAUUUUGAGGAAGUCAAAACUGCAGAGCUUAACGACAGAGACAUUAAGACUGAGAAAUGUAAAAUUGCUGUCAAUAAGGCAACAACAGGAGGUCAUCCUGACAAAACUGCCCCCAAAAAUAACACCAACGGAGGUGUUAACGUCCAUCCUGCCUUCAGUGCAACUUCUUGGUCAUUCGGAGAAAGAGGAUUCCUUUUUCAAUCUCCAGCAGCCUUUUGUGACAUAACCCCAUUAGAGCUGGAAAUGCUCUUGCUCCUGUGGAUCCUGCUGUACUGCUACUUCAUCUUACCUCAAAUGAACUUCUGAGUCAACCUGCAGUGAGCCCUCCCUGUUACCAGAUGUCUAAAUAUACUACCACCUUAAAAUCAAUUGAGGUUCACCUUUGGACAUUUUAGAAAUCUGACUUUCAACCCAAUUUUUAUCCAAUUGACGUCUUUGGCAGCUUUAAUCCCCAACUGUCUAUCACAUUUUUAAGAUUAUUUGUGGUUUCUGAGUGCACAUUGUACAGUAGUUACUGUUCUUUGCGUUGUGUAUCUAUCACCUUUUAUUUAAGUUUCUCUAUGCUUUAUUUUGUAUAGUAGAUGUUUUGUAUAGUAAUGCAUUUACUAAUAUAUUUUUUCAGAGGUGUAUCUCUUUUAGCUUACUCAAAAGGAUUUAUGGUUUAUUGAGCAGACAUAAAUGUCAUCUCAAGAGUUGAACUGUGAAAUCACACUUAUGUCCUUGAGGUAGCAUUUUAAACUAAUAACAGGAAAGAAAUGUAAACUACCAAAUACGCAUGUUUGAAGCUUGAUCUAUAAUUGUGAAGUUCAAAGAUUUUCUUUAUAAUUCGAUGUGUUUAAGUUAAGUUGCUAGGCUGCACAAAUUGGACUGUUGUUUCUUCACCACUGUUAACAAAGGGAAUGCUUGCCACAAACAUUGCACUAGCAAGCAGCUUAAAGUCACACCUGUCAUUGGUCCUUAGAUGCCUGAUGAAAUAUAAUUCAAUCAUCACAUAUCAACUGUUUCAACUGUAUCUUAUCACGAAUGAUUAAAGGCCUGUGGAAGUGUGCUGUGGUUUGCAUGAGAAAACAAACCCUAUCUGUCUUCACUGACUAUUGUAACAACUAAAUACAUUAUACCAUCUUUAGAAGUCUCAAUCAGAUUAUUGUCAGAUUGUUUUUGAAUUUGUGGUUUAGUUGUGCAUUUGUGCAGGCAAGUAACAUUUCCUUUAAUGUUGCAACAAAUGGCUAAACAGAGACGUAUGUCAAUUCAUGCCUGGUAAUAACAUAUAAAAUGAUCGGGCACAUUCAACAAAUAUCAA